CUAACUCCACAAGCUGAGGAUACAGAUAGGAAAGUUUUGAGAUCGACAUUACUAAGAAGAAGAGAUUGAUACUACACUUUGCAUAAUCUAAGGGCCACCACUAAAUCCACAGCCCCUCUCAUAGUAUUAUCACCGUGAUGUUGGUCUGAUUCUAGCGAGAUCAGUACACAGAUUUGGAUAAGGAAUUUGAUCUUGAUUUUCACUUUGACCAUUGUAGUGGACUCUGCAGGCAAUGCAGCAUGUAUCUGCUGACCCCUACCACCAGGGAAACGUCAGGAUGACCCUGGAGAAGUCUGACCUUUGGAAGUCCUUCCACAACCUAGCAACUGAGAUGAUAAUCACCAAACAUGGCCGGAGGAUGUUUCCUCACUGCAACGUCAGUCUAUCUGGACUCCAACCCUAUGCCAACUAUGUCCUCAUGGUGGAUAUGGUUCCUGUGGACAACUUCAGAUACAGGUGGAAUAAGGGCCAGUGGGACAUGGCUGGGAAAGCCGAGCCCCAACUCCCAUGUCGGACGUACGUACAUCCGGACUCCCCCGCCCCGGGCUCCUACUGGAUGAAGCAAUCUGUGUCCUUCCUCAAGCUCAAACUCACCAACAAUACUCUGGACCAGCACGGCCAUAUCAUCCUGCACUCUAUGCAUCACUACAUCCCACGCUUCUCUGUGGUCCAGGCUGACAGUCUGUACAGUGUACGCUGGGGACACUUCCUUUCCUUCUCCUUCCCUGAGACCUCCUUCACUGCAGUCACCGCCUACCAGAACACUAAGAUCGCUAAACUGAAGAUUGACCACAACCCCUUUGCUAAGGGAUUCAAAGGGGAACACACCCGUACUCAUAGCAAGAGGUGUCGAUCCAACAAGAGUCCUGGGAAUGCUACAAAGAAAGCCAAAGAAGACAACGAUCCAGGAAACCAAAACCUCCAGACGGCAAAAUUAAACUGUGAGCUAGAAGAACAGAGGAUGACCCUAGGAGCCACAGAGAACGUGGUUUCGGGUAAGGAGGAUCUCUUGUCCCCCUGGGCCUUGAAACAGGACCCGUCCCAGAGCCACAGCCUGCACACUGAAAUACUGGAGCUCCACGACCACAGACAGGAAUACAGCACUGAGGAGCAGAUGGUGCCUGGCCCUGCAUCUAUGUCCUACCAACCAUGCAGAUCGGUUGAGAAUGGCAGACUUCUCUCUCCCUCCUCUAUAGCGGAGGAUGGUGAAUGCAGGCGCAGCUAUGAGUCUCACGUCCCAGAUGUAGCCACUGUCUGUGGACAGAAGAUUACCAGACCUGUCCUUGUCAGGGACAUGGGUCACCACCACCACACCUUGGCUCCAGCCAUGCCCCAGGACUACAGAGUGUCCCCGGUCCAUCUGCCCAUGUCCUCCAAAACCUACCCUGGGCAUUUGGGUUACAGUUACCCCCUCUAUGGCCACUACUCCACUGACCAGGGUAUGGGUCAGUGGGCUGAGUGUGGUACUGGACAGUACUCUGGACCAUACUUUCCUCACCACCGGCCCUUCCUCACCAGUCAAACACUGACCACAGACCAGGGCACCCUCCCAACUCAGUUUUUAUCAUCAUGGCAACAUAGCGGCAGAGUGGAGCUGGAACCAGAACUUCAGUUUGGACAAUCAGGCUGAUCUGACAAACAGAUCAGAAUAGCUGACUCAGGCUCACAAAGCGAAGGAGCGGGCUUUCACAUUGUGAAUAAAGAUACUUAGGACAUUUCAGGAAGUUUCAGAGAGGAAAAGUUGGUGAUAUUUGUGUAUGAGGUCCAAACAAAGAUAUCUUAAUGUGUGUUCUUUAAACUUGUUCUCUGCUAUGUGUGUCAAGAGGGGUGUGUGCCAUUUGCUGUUCCCAGUCAAGUCAGGCCUGCAGUCAAAUUCAGCUGAAAGAGCAGAAUGCUAUGUCAAUGCUAUAUACUGGACAUAAUGGACUGAACCUGCUCUCCUACUGUGCUGGUGCUCCAUAUGAACUGCCUUUAAAUGUGUGUGGACGUUCAUGCUUGUUUGAUGCAUGUAAAGUAUGUGUGUUUGUGAUAAUUGAGAUCAGAAUAUAACCAAACCUACUGGGUACAGACGUCAGAUUAAUAUGUUUUGAUUUAGAUUUGGUUGAGUUGUCAACGAAAGUGAAUUCAAUGUGAAAUUAACAAAAUAUUUCACCAUGUCACUGGAUUUAGGUUAAAGAAAUGCGAAAUUCCCUUAUGUUGAUGACUUUCCCCCAAAUCCAAUCCGUUUCCACGUUGAUUCAGCGUCAUCACAUUGAAUUUUUGGUUUAAAUUAUGUGGGAACAAUGUUGAUUCAAUUAGUUUUUGACCAGUGGGAAAUGAUGUCAUGAUAUUCCAAAAUAAAUACAAUUCAGAAUCAA